AUGGAAGUUAUUUCAUCAAAACGAUUCAUUUUAUUGACUUUAGCCACUUCAAGCUUGUUAACAUCAAACAUCUAUGCAGAUGAAUUAAUGAUGUGCAAUCUUCACAGCAAAGAAAAUGAUGACAAAUGUUCUGAAGUAAGCUCUUUAACUCUGUCUAUCAUGACUAGCACUAACUAUAUAUUUGAUGAAUUAAAAGUUUGGGGUCCAAAACACAUCAUGAAGAUGAGCACACCUGCAGUCAACAAAAACUUGCCCCUGCGACCUGGGAGGCCCAUGGAAGAAGCAAGCACUGGGGCAAUGGCCACCCUGCCUCUGAGAUUUGAAAGAAACAUAAAGGAAAGCAUCAGAUGUGUUCCUAAUCUGCCACAAAGGUUUGGGAGAACAACAGCCAAAAAUGUGACCGAGACACUGAGUGAUGUGCUCCAAAGACCAAUGCAUUCACCAUCUGUCAGUGAGUUGCUUUAGGCUCUGUCCUGUCAGCCCCCAGAAAUCCAGAAUCCUGAUCAAAAACACCCAAGGUAG